GGGAAGGAGCGGAGGAGUGAGGGACCCGCCGGACACCGCCCCGGAGAGAGCAGGCCCGGCGGAGAAGGGCCAGAAAGGAGCUUUCCUGCGCCGCCAGCCAGCUUGUCCUCGGCGCCAUCAAAGGCGAGCCCGGCCAUGGCACGGAUACAUUUGCAUUUUCUUCUCUUGGUUGGAAUAUUAAAUUGCCUCAUACCGUAUGGAUUUGCCCAACAAAGUGGGAGCAUUUGUAUAAAUGCUAAUGCAAAAUCAUGUGCUGAUUGUAUACAAGCUGGCCCAGAUUGUGGAUGGUGUAAAAAUAUAACCUUUUUGAAAGAAGGAGAAUCUACUGCAGCACGAUGUGAUGACUUGGAUGCUUUAAAAAGUAAAGGCUGCCCUCCAGAAGAAAUUGAAAACCCCAGAGGCACACAUAUAUUGCUAAAAAACAAAGAAGUCACAAAUCGCAUCAAAGGGACGGCUGAAAGUCUUAGACCAGAAGAUAUUACCCAGAUUCAACCACAGCAAGUGCUGUUGAAGCUGCGGAAAGGGGAACCACAAACAUUUUCAUUAAAAUUCAAGAGAGCUGAAGAUUAUCCAAUUGACCUUUAUUACCUCAUGGAUCUGUCUUACUCUAUGAAAGAUGAUUUGGAAAAUGUCAAAAGUCUUGGAACCUCUCUGAUGAGUAAAAUGAAAAAUAUAACUUCAGAUUUUCGAAUUGGCUUUGGUUCUUUUGUUGAAAAAACAGUAAUGCCUUAUAUUAGUACCACACCUGCCAAACUCAGGAAUCCCUGCACAGGUGAUCUUAACUGUACAAGUCCCUUUAGCUACAGGAACGUGCUCAACUUCACCAGCAAUGGGAGCUGGUUCAAUACACUUGUAGGGGAACAGCAAAUCUCAGGCAAUUUGGAUUCUCCAGAAGGAGGAUUUGAUGCAAUAAUGCAGGUUGCUGUAUGUGGUUCAAGAAUUGGAUGGAGAAGAAAUGUCACUCGCCUAUUGGUUUUUUCCACGGAUGCUGGGUUCCAUUUUGCUGGAGACGGGAAGCUUGGAGGAAUUGUUUUACCAAAUGAUGGACAAUGUCAUUUAGAAAAUAAUAUGUACACAAUGAGCCAUUACUAUGAUUAUCCCUCUAUUGCUCAUCUUGUUCAGAAGCUAAGUGACAAUAAUAUUCAGAUAAUAUUUGCUGUCACAGAGGAAUUUCAGCCAGUGUACAAGGAGUUAAAGAAUUUGAUUCCUAAAUCUGCAGUGGGAAUGCUGUCUUCAAACUCAAGUAACGUGAUUCAGCUGAUCAUUGAUGCUUACAAUUCAUUGUCUUCAGAAGUUAUUUUGGAAAACAAUAAAGUACCUAAGGAGAUAGCAAUAGAAUAUAAAUCUUUCUGUAAGAACGGAGUGAAUGGAACAGGAGAUGAAGGAAGAAAGUGCUCUAACAUUUCAAUUGGAGAUGAGGUUAGAUUUGAGAUUACAAUAACAGCUAAUCAAUGUCCAGAAAAAGGACAAAAUGAAACAAUUAAAAUCAAACCACUUGGUUUUACUGAAGAAAUAGAGAUUAAUCUGGAGUUCAUUUGUGAAUGUGAUUGCCAUAAUGAAGGAAUUGAGGACAGCCCUCUGUGCCAUUUUGGAAAUGGAACAUUUGAGUGUGGAGCUUGCAGGUGCAAACCUGGGCGUAUUGGAAAUCACUGUGAAUGCAGCAUGGAGGAAGUUAAUAGUGAAGACAUGUCAGGCACCUGUAGGCAGGCUAACAGUUCUGAAAUAUGUAGCAACAAUGGUGAAUGUAUUUGUGGGCAGUGUGUGUGCAGUAAGCGAGAGAAUCCAAAUGAAAUCUAUUCUGGCCCAUAUUGCCAGUGUGAUAACUUCAAAUGUGAUCGAUCAGAUGGUUUAAUUUGUGGAGGACACGGUGAAUGUAAAUGUCGUGAAUGUGAAUGCUGGGCAAAUUACACUGGCUCUGCUUGUGAGUGUCCCCUAGAUACGACUCCUUGUGAAGCUGCAAAUGGACAAAUCUGCAAUGGUAGAGGAAUAUGUGAAUGUGGAAUAUGCAACUGUACCGAUUCCAAAUUUCAGGGACCAACAUGUGAGCUAUGUCAGACUUGUCUUGGCGUCUGUGCAGAGCACAAAGAUUGUGUCCAAUGCAAAGCCUUUAACAAAGGAGAAAAGAAAGAACGGUGUGAAAAAGAAUGUUCACACUUUAGUUUGGAGCUGGUAGAUCGUAGAGAAAAGUUGCCACAGCCUGGACAGUAUGAUGCCUUGACUCACUGCAAGGAGAAGGAUAUUGAUGACUGUUGGUUUUACUUUACAUACUCUGUUGACUCAAAUAACAAGGCCAUUGUUCAUGUGGUGAAGACGCCAGAAUGCCCAAGUGGUCCUGACAUCAUUCCUAUUGUUGCUGGUGUGGUUGCUGGAAUUGUUCUUAUUGGUCUAGCUUUAUUGCUGAUUUGGAAGUUACUUAUGAUCAUUCACGAUAGAAGAGAAUUUGCAAAAUUUGAGAAAGAAAAAAUGAAUGCAAAAUGGGAUACGCAAGAAAAUCCAAUAUACAAGAGUCCUAUUAAUAAUUUCAAGAAUCCAAACUAUGGACGUAAAGCUGGUCUCUAAGUUUCCGGUGAAAAUCCUAUAUACAAGAGUGCCGUGACAACUGUAGUGAAUCCUAAAUAUGAGGGGAAAUGAAAACUGCUUUAUAAUUUCACAACACUGGGUGUGAUAUAAUAGUUUUGUAUUCAUUACUUAGCUUUUGACAAUAUUGCAAUGGAUUUACUAAUUCCUUACUUACAUACACAGUUGUUUCCUAUGCAAUUUUUUUAAAUGUACAGUAUUUUAUUUUUGAAGUUUUUUUCUUUGUUUUUGCAAAUAAAAGUGCCAGAAGACUCACAGAAUACUUGAGAUUGCAUAUCCUAUUCAAUAUGAUGAUAGCUUACUCAAGGUGCUUUUUUUAUCUACCCUGUCUUUUGUAUGGAGUGAAACACUUAAUAAACAAUUUGCCUAUACAUUAAGUAUUACAAUUAGAACAGUUUUUAGCCUUAUAGAUGUAUCAAGGUUUGGCUUGCACAAGUAGUGCAAACCUAAUACUUACUAAUAAACUAUAAAAAAUUAGUUUAUGAACAAUUUGAGACUUAAUUUCCAACUUUCUGUAUUCAGUAAUGUAGAAAACAUGAUGUAACUUAAAUUUCAAAUUUCAUUUGUAAGAAACAUAUUAAAUUGCCACUAUGUGUGUAUAAGAAUAAAAAGUAGAUCCAAAAUAAGAGCUUAAAGAUUAUUAAAACAGAUAUGAUGAUAAUAAUAAUUCCUGUUUUUAAAUUCAAUUUCUAGUUUUAGUACUGUCAAGUACACUGCAAGACUUCCUUUUAAAUCAGCUCCCCUUAUCUGGUGCCACCCCGAGGUGCUGGACUUUUAAAAAAUUGAUCAUAUUUGAAGUUGAAAGUCCAGCAUAUACAGGGCACAGAAUAGGAGAAAGUUUUUCUUACCGCCUUAAUUCCUUAGGUUUCUUUUUAAAUUUCUUGCUUAGUUUAAAGCCUGGUGCUUUAGCAACUUUAUCUUUAAUGUAUUUGAUUUAUUUCUGUGUAAGAUAAUUGUUAAACCAGCUUAUUUUUGCAAUCUUGGUUGUAAUUUAUCCUAUAGCUAAAAUUGCAUGAUUCUGAAUCAGGAGAUACUGUGGCUUGUAUAUUUGCUGCUGGGUAUUCUGUAAUCUGUUCUGUACUAGCCACAAUCAUAUUUUAAGUGCCUUUUAUUUUAACAAAUGUUCACUUUUUACAAUGUUAUCAUGGAAGUUAUUUAUUAAAUU